AUGGAGUUCACAAGUGAUAAUCCCAGAACACAAAGAUCCAGUGGAACAGGAGGCACAUCUAAAUAUGGUGAUUCUAGAGUAAAUAAUUUAACACAGCUUAAUUUACCAGAAAAUCAUAACUAUUCACAAGGCUUGCAGGUUCAAUAUAAUACCUAUAUUCAACAGCAAACAGCUAUGGCUGGCAAUUCACAAAGUCACAUAAUAUCUCCAAUAACACUUAUUAACGUGCAAAAUCCCAACUCUCACAGAAAUCCAGUUGUCAGAAAUCCUGUUUAUAAUCAAAAUCAUUUGGCCCAGGCUAACAUCUACUAUCCGCAACCAAACGCUUUUGUGAAUGAGCAUAAUAUCAACUCCCAACAAAUGUUAUAUUUUCAAAACAGCAAUAUCAACCAACUGAGAACAGCGGCAUCUAAUGGUUCUUUGGCCAACGUUCUUGAAAAUGAGUAUGAUGAAGUAGAUUUUCGCCAAAAUGGUGUCAAUUUGAGUCAGCAAGAAAGUUACUAUACAGUCCAACAAAUAGCACCAUCACACGGAAAUUAUUUAAACAAUGUUCUUACCAGACACCAGGAUGAUCCAAACCAGAUUGCUCCUCAAAUAAAUGUGGUAUCUCAGUUGUCGAGCGAAACGAUUCCCUUGAAUCUCAGAAAUGUAACUGGUCAGCAACGGACAGAUACACCUUUGGGUGCUCUCAUUACUAAUGAUAUUGAUCCAUUAAUGAAAAGAGACCCCUACGACAACUAUAAAGCAGGGAAGCAUUUACUUUUUAUGAAUUUCACUUCCUAUAAGCAUUUUACAAGUAAAACUACUCUUGAUUGCGUUGAGUGGUAUCCCUAUGGAACUCCUAGUGUAUCUCCUUUUCAAGUUAAAUUUACAAAAUAUCCUGCACUUCAAGAAUUUGAAAAGGAAAUCAAACCUGGGUUACUGUAUCCUGGGUGA